CAGGAAGCUGUAGGGACAUUAGGUUGCAGUAUGGGUGGAAAUGGCAUUAGAGCUUCGGUUGGAGCUGUUGUGUAUUUGGGUAUGAUUGUGUUUCUUCUUGUCAGUAUCUUAGCAAACUCUGCAUCAAGUGUUCCAUCAACAGAAAAGGUCAAGACUCUGCGGUUUAGUGGUAAGGAUGUGAAUCUGUUUCAUGUGAGCAAGCGAAAAGUUCCAAACGGACCUGAUCCCAUCCACAACAGGAAAGCAGAAACUUCGAGACGACCACCAAGAGUAUGAUGAUAAAACUCUCCGUGUAUGGUGUUUGCAAACUCUAAGGUCUUUCUACUGUCUUCAGACACAAUAGUGAAUUACGCGACGUCAAGAAGCUACUUUUUUCCGGGGCAAUUCGAUAACUUCAGAUUCAGAGGGAUAUGCUCAUAUGCAAGGUCUCUCUUAAUAUGAACUCAUAGCUUUUGUGAAGUCUUGCUCUGUUUUGCAAGGUCUCUCUUACUUGCUCUGUAGCAUUUGGGAAGGUGAAGUCAUUGCUCUUUCUUUCUUCUUUAGGAACACUGUGUCUGAAGAUUGAAAUCUUUCAGAUGAUUUGAUGCAGAUAUUAAAGACUUUAGUAGGGUUUUUGUGUAAUAACAUUUGUAUUAAUUAUUAUAGGCUUAUUAUGUCUUUAUCUAACUCUCUGUUUUCCUCAUCUUUUCUUUAUUUUGCCUUUUCUUUUUUUGAAUCUGUUAAACAUUAAAGUUUGCUUUUUUAUGUUUCCCUCUGCCUAAAGCAACCCAUUAAACUAAAGUUGCUCCGUUUUCAAAA